AUGGGAAAAGGAACAGUGGUACCAACCACGACAAGUGCCUCUUAUGAAUUUCAGGUACGGAAAACAGGAUUGAAUAAGAGCGUUUCUCGAUCGUCGGCAAGCUUUGGCGUCGUACGAAAGAGUAUGUAUCAUCAUUCAGAUGAGGAUGAUGCCUGCUCGGAGAAGGUGGAAAGACGAGAGAGAAAUCCCGUCAUUGCUUGUUUACUCUCUGUGAGGCUUUUGAUCAUUGUUGUCUUUACACUUCUCAUUGUACUUUCUAUAUUUUCCAUUUGGCUUACAUCUUACUUAACAAGCCAGAACACAGCAUUGGAGAAUAUGCAGACUCUCGUGAAAACCAUGAAUUCCAAAGUUUCAAAUUAUCUUUCCUCUCAAAUAUCACCAGCUCGAUCUGUGGCUCAAACCAUUGCAGAUGACUAUCACAACAAUGUGGUUGGACUCAAUUUGAAUGUUAUGCCUUACUUGUCGAGCAAGAUGAAAUGGUUUGGAUUCACAGGUGCCAAUUUAUGUCUUGGAGAGGGAGGACUGAGCGUUCUCUAUGCUUAUUCGCUUGCCGUAUCACCUCAAGGCACCGAUAUGUUGCAAGGAGCAUUUCAACCAAACGCCAACUCCAGAUUUUUGAUGUUUAUUGCAAAUAUUGACACAGGAGAAUUAUAUUAUAACCAGUUGGUGCGAAACAUUUCAUAUGUAGUGUCUGCUACCGAUUAUUACAUAGACUCGGUCAAGAUGUUGAAGUCCAACCCUGAAGGAGGAUUUGGACCCGUGUACAAAGUCAUUAACAGUGGACAAGCAAUGUACUGGAGUACUCCAGUCUACGACAAAACUUUGCUUCCUCAACAAAAGAAACGAUUAGGAAUCGUUAAAGUUAACAUUUCUUUAUACAAAAUUUCUCAAUACUUACUUUCCAUGCCAUUACUUUCGAAAGGGUUUUUCGUGGUCACAGAGAGCGACUCCAAUUAUGUUAUUGGCGCAAACUUUAUCAUUCCUGGUUUGGAUAACGACCGUAUAUCUGUGAAAAAUGUUACAGAAAAAGAUACAAAUAUUAUUUUCGAAAAAUUGUCGAACGCAAAUCCUAAAGAUGGAGAUAUUGUUAAUAUUCAAGCUAAUGGUGUCAGUUAUCUGGUUUCAACCUUCUCAUAUUCCUUAUUUAAUUUAAGGUGGAAAAUCACUAUGGUUUUGAACGAGGGAGAGGUUCAACAAGGAAAUAUUAUGAGCAGCUAUAUAAUUAUGGGAGUGGCUUUGUUUCUUUCUUUGUUUGGAAUUGUAGCUAGCAUUGUGAUUGGAUGGAUCGUUACCAAACCGCUACAAAUGAUUCGUGAAGACCUACUCAAAAUUGAAGUUCUUGAAUUGGAGGAAGUUGUGGAGCAUCACUCAAUUUUCACAGAGCUGAGAAGUAUUUAUUCGAGCCUUUUUGAAACAGUUGCUGACCUUAAAGAGAUAAAAGCAUUUAUCCCUGAAUCGGUGAUAAACCAAUUAGGCAAGGAGCAAAAUUCAUCGAAAGAAAUGACUGCUUUGCACAACGAACCCUCUAUACAUGAAAAUGAUAGCGGUCAUUCUUCAGCUUCAAUCAGCAAACACAGUUCAUUACAAGUUUCUAAAAUGGUUGGAAAUGCACUAAAGCUUGGUUUACAAGAAGUUGAGCUUAGCGUGCUGUAUGUGCAUGUAUGUGGAUUGACGGAGCAUGAAUUUGUUAACCCUGCAGAGUUAGGACAUGCUGCAAGCAGAAUAAUCACGACCAUAUCCAAUAUAUGCCGAUCUUUAAAGAUAGAUUUACAAAUCAGAAGCUAUUGCGAAUUUGUAAUUCCGUUCAGCAGUAUAACUACUCAGUCUGUUGAAACUGCUGUGAAACUAUCAUCUCUACUGACCAAAGAUGUUUCCGACGCAGAGGCAGCCAUAAAGGUUCAUAUUGGAGUUGCCUCAGGCUAUGUCUUGCAAGGAAAUAUAGGAGGAAAGAAUCACAGAUACCAUGCACUAAUUGGAGCGUUAAUGGAUAAGGCACAAUAUUUAUGCAAACUGAAUGCAUUUUUUAAUACGACCAUUAUUAUUGACCAAGUGACAUUUAACCAUGCAAAAGAUCAAUUCUUUGUCAGACCAGUUGAAAGGUAUCUCAUGUCAAAAGAAAUUGAAACAGUUUAUCAUGUACUCAAAACCAACGAAAAGAAUGAAGACGAUGAGUGGAUGUACGUUCUCGAGCACCAAAAACAAAACGACACCUAUAGAAAAUAUUCAAGUAAUUUUGCUAGAUUAUUUUCGAGCGAAAAUGAAGGCCAAGCUGAGAUAGCUAUUGACUAUUUCAAAGACUAUAUCAACUCGCACCACAAGCAUAGAGACCAUAUAAUAGAAAGGUUAGAGCAUAUUAUUAAGCAGCGAGAAGAAGUAGUGAACUUUGACUUUUCAAGAUAUUACUCCAACAUCAAGGAUGAUCUUUGUGGUUAUGUCAAUACGACGAAAUUAAGGAUGGAACAUUAUUAG